UGCUCCGUUGUACGGCAUGUCAGGAAACUCGAAGGCUCAGAAAUCAGAUCCUGAAGUUGCGUUCUGUUGAUGGAACAGUGAGGAUGUGGUCGGAACUAAACUGAAAUAUUGUGACACGAUUUUAUUUUCAACUGGUAACAACCGUACACUUCGGUACUUCGUAUACCGUAGCCGACCGAAUCAGGUAAUUAUACUGACGGCUUGAUACUUUUUUGGAGGCCUUUGAAAAACACAGUGAGGCUAACGAUACGUAGCCACCAUGUCGUGGGAAGGAGUGCCGUGUUUUGUGGCCUCACCUCGGUGCUCUUCUGUGCCCCGUUCACCUUCCCAGUGAGUCCGCUGGACAACACAACUACCUGAGGGAACUUCGCAUUCAGUUGUCAAUGCAGCUAGUAGUUAGCAUAGCAUUACACUAGUGAACACCAGCGUUUUAACUCUAGCUUGCUAGCUUGUGAGCUAUGGCGGACAGCUUUGGAGAUGAGUCCAGCGGCAGUGCCCUUGGCUUAGGCGUUACCGGACAGGGCAGCGGAGCCACUUUGCUGCCCCCUCUUGCCAACUCUUUGCCGUUGGGACACUCGGCAGCCAGCGGUGCUCACCCAAGCUCCAACUCGACCUCUCCACCUCUCGCUGCGGCCGCGCAGAGUGGCCUAACGGCUCUGGUGGGCCCGAUGUCCGCUGUCACUGCCACUCCAGUAGGAUUUGGGAGCACGUUCACCCCGGGCUCCUCGCCCCCGGUAGUGGCUGUAUCUCCGACCGUUCAUGCAUCGUCACCUCUCACGGGUGUCGGGCUCGGAGUCGCCGGGGUAGCAGGAGCCGGCCUUCUCUCACAAAUUCAUGCCACUUCCUGGGACCCGACCCUCAGUACGGACUGGGACAACGAGAAGGCUUCUCAGCAGUGUAUCCUGAGGAUAAAGAGGGAUAUCAUGUCCAUUUACAAGGAGCCUCCGCCAGGGAUGUUUGUUGUCCCUGAUCCUCAGGACAUGACCAAGAUCCAUGCUCUGAUCACAGGGCCCUUUGACACGCCAUACGAAGGCGGCUUCUUUCUCUUCCUGUUCCGCUGCCCUCCAGACUACCCCAUCCACCCACCGCGGGUGAAGCUCAUCACCACCGGACACAACACAGUCCUUAACCCCAACUUUUACCGCAAUGGCAAGGUCUGCCUCAGCAUCCUGGGGACGUGGACUGGCCCAGCGUGGAGUCCAGCCCAGAGUAUCUCAUCUGUGCUCAUCUCCAUCCAGUCUCUGAUGACUGAGAACCCCUACCACAAUGAACCUGGAUUUGAACAGGAGCGCCACCCAGGGGACAGUAAGAAUUACAAUGAGUGCAUUCGCCAUGAAACCAUGCGAGUGGCUGUGUGUGACAUGUUGGAGGGGAAAGUUCCCUGCCCUGAAGCUCUGUGGAGUGUGAUGGAGAAGUCCUUCCUUGAAUAUUACGAUUUCUAUGAGGGAGUCUGCAAAGAGAGACUCCAUCUACAGGGACAGAAUAUGCAGGACCCAUUUGGGGAGAAGCGUGGUCGCUUUGACUAUCAGGGCCUGCUGGCUCGCCUCAGCGCCACUCACAGGCGAAUACGGGAGAAAAAUGUUGCAGAGGACGACCACAACGAUGACGAUUCAGACUCAGACACCAGCUCCACAGGGACGGACCCCGACAGCCAGGGCAGCUCCCAGCCCUGACUCCUGGAGGGUCAAACCUAGGCCAAAAACUAAAGACUAAUGGACCUUUUCUGUUUGGUUUGCUGUGGAGGAAGAGAAUCACAGAACAGAAUGCAAUGCCUGCAUUUUGCUUCUUGAACAAAGACAGGCCCCUGAAUGAUGAUUGCAGAGACAAGAACAAGAGAUAGAAGUGUGUUAUUCAGAGAAUAUUAAUAAAAACACAAUCUCCUACUCAAAUACUACUGGUUUUAGCCUGAUGUGGUGUAACUGUGCUGCAUUAGUGGCUAACCCACUGUUCUUUUGCUUUCCUGUCUCUUUUGACACCUCAAUGUUUCAGCCCAAACACUGAUAGAAUUUGAGAUUAAUGAGCCAUCAUUGGUUGUGGGUACAAAGGGUAACUCUCAUCUCUUGAAUGUUGGAUUGGCCAACAUGAAAAUGGAAAGUGAGGCAGUUGCUCUUUGACCCACAGGCACAAAAAUAAAUCAAAUCUUUACAGUUUUUUUUACCACAAAAAAGCCCACCAGGCUAGAAAUUUAGUAGUUCAGAGCCAUGCAAGUAAAACAAAGGACAUCCUACUGGUCAGAAUAUGAUGAUGCUCAUUGUCGUCUCCUUGAUCAUAGCCUUGUCUUUUUUGAAGUGAGGACAAACAGAGUGAAAACCAGUCCUUUCUCAUUGAACUUCUUCAGAUCAGUAGCAGAUUCUUGUGCAACAUCCUCCUCAACCUCCACACCCAGACUUCAUACAUGGGCAGGUUCUGGUUCUAAACACAGUGACUCCUGUUUAUGGUUGAAGACAUUGUGCUUAGCUUUUGGUUCUAAUAGUGCUGUUGAACACACUGAUCUGUUUACCAGAUCAGACACUGUUAGAAAAAUGUCACUUUCAUUGACAUCCACCUUUCUACCCUUUGUUAUGCUGUUUCUCAUUGUGCUGAAACUAAUGGCAGUUUGAGGUGUGUGGAGUUCAUUGUUUUUUCAAAGACCCUGCAGUUUUAACAUCCUGGGCUCUAGAUGGAUCCAAAGUAGGGGCUAAAGCAAGAGUAGAUAACUGUGUUUAUUCAUUUCCAUAUGUUCACACUGCAGAGCUUGUUUUUGAUCAAGGAAAAUUAUGGAAUGUGUCCAUAUUAAGGUAUACACUGAAGGCAGAUGAAGCCUUUGGUUGUUUUGGUGUUCCACUUGAGGCUGUCCUGACAAAUCCUUUCUAAAAACGAAGUAAAAGAACAGAGAUGGUAAGAUGAUAGGAAGAAAAAAUGUGGGUUGACUUUUUAAGUCUGUCCGUUUGUCAUAUUCAUAUGUUCUAAGUUAGUCUGAACAGUUCAGGGUUGGCUGUGAUGUGAUCCUUCCCAACACAACUGUACUGUCAGGGCUUUUAGUUUAAACCUAGGGCUACAACUAUUAAUCAGUUAGUGGUCGGCUAUUAAUCAAGGAUCAUCAGCCACUCAGAGGAAUUUGUGGAUCAAACUGGAAAGUCCAAAAAUUCAGACCAAAUGAGGGAGGUGUGUAAGUGGCGUGAAUUGGCAAAGUCAUCAUUUAGCUGAUUUUUUUUUUUUUUUUUUUUUUUUGUACUACUUGUGUUCAUGUUUGAGCCUGACCUCCAUAUCCUUUCAUGACAGCUUGACAAAGAUGUGCAACACAAUGAGGGAAAUGUCUGUGUUCAUGGAAGAUGCAAUUGUUUUCACACUGCUGUUACUACUGGUACAGUUGUGUUCAAAAUAAUAGCAGUGUGUUUAAAAACGUGAAUAAAGCUCGAAAUCCUUA